UUACAGCAAAAGUAAACUAAAAAAAACUAAAAUACUAAAGUAAGCGGUAAUUGGAAACUAUUACAAAUAUUGAAGUAUCACCAUUACACAUACAAAAAUGCAAGUUAAAGUUAAAACAUUAACAGGUAGAGAUAUAUUGGUAGAAAUUGAACCUACUGAUAAAAUUAUUAGAAUUAAAGAAACCAUGGAAGAAAAGGAAGGAAUCCCUCCUGCUCAACAGCGAUUUAUUUUUAAUGGUACACAAUUAGAUGAUGAAAAAACAGUUGAAGAAUCUGGUAUUCAAGCUGGUUCAUCUUUGCAUUUGGUUUUAACAUUAAGAGGUGGGUAUUAAGAAAUCUAUAUAAUUAAUGAGUUUAAAGGUAUUAAUUUCUCUAUGUCAUAUCAUAUCAUAUCAUAGAUUCAGUCUUGCUGGUUAUAGAUUAUUCCAUAUAUCAUUAAAU